UGCGCAAAGUGUGUAAACUGCCAUAAAACGCAACAAAAGAAGAAGAAGAUAAGCGAGCACGGCGGUUCAGACGCCACAAAAAGUGACCGUUCAGGAUGAGCGGGAUGCGGACAACUCUGAUCUCCACCGCGGCGAUUGCUUCCAUGGGGCUCGGAUAUGGACUAUGGUCUGUGAUAUCUCCAGGAGAACAGCGAAGGAAAGAGAUGCUGAAGAACCUCCCUGAAUCAAACCCAGUGAGGAUGGAAGAGACGAGGCAGAGGAAUGCCAUGCUGAUGCAAGUCUUAAAGGACGCUGCUGAAACCAGCGACAACCUUGCAAGAGGAUUAGGACCUGAAAAGUAGACGCACCUCUCUCUGUUCAUUGCUGGCUGUUGCUUGACAUGAAGAGCCACAAAUGAAUCAUAAACAUGAACACUGUUGGAGUGCAUAGAUUCCGUUGUCUAGCGUGCAAUUCUGUACAUUACACUUAACUGUUUGAUUAAAGCUCUUUCAACUAAA